GCUGUUUCGGACAAACUAAGGUCCAGGCAACGAUCCCCCAGUUCGUCCAGCAACUACAAGCAUUUCCGCACUCGUUCACGCAGACGCUACCAAACUAAAAUGGAUUUUAUUGACCGCUACAAAGGGCCCGUUGCGUACUUUUCCCACGCAUUUUACCGCUUUCUUCAAGUAACCCUUGCUCUCACUGUUUGCGGUCUCUACGGUAUGGAUCUAAGCAGCGCCGACCAAGCAAACGAGUCAUUGGAUGGUAGAUGGAUCUACGCUGUUGUGACAGCAGGCCUAGCUGUUAUGAUAGCACUUGCCUACCUCGUUCCUCUUUCGUUACGCAUUCCCUUCGUCUUCGUCAUCGAUACGGUUAUUUUCAUCUUGUGGAUAGUGGUAUUUGGAAUCUUUGGCAAUAUGUUCAUCAAGGCAGAAGUCGGAAAUGAGCCUGGUUGGAAGAAAACGCAGAGAAUGAAAAAUUCGGUUUGGGUUGAUCUGGCCAACGCUGUUAGCUGGUUGAUAAGUGCUGCGGGAAUGGGAAUAUACUGGGCCACACGCAAACGCAGGAGUUUAUUUACAGGAAGGGCUAUUGUGUAA